CGAAGCAGAAAACUGUUUCGGAAGUAAUAUUGGAUGGCUCCAAGAACACGACCGAAUUCAGGAGCAACGUCGAUUAUGGCCAUUUCUUUACCACAUUUUCGCAUUAAAGCGAUGGAUUAAUGACGUACUCUGUAAAAAGGGUCGUUUGUACUGAUGCAGGCUAAUGGCGUUAGCAAAGUUCUGUUAGCUUUAGCUUCAUGUGUCAUGGGAGUACAGUACACCGAAUGUUGAGUUGACUCAGCUGAAUCGAGGUGGUCUGACAGCCGCAAGGAGAGAAGAGUGAGACGCUGGGAAGCUGCAUGCAUGGAGGCCGGCUUGGUUGAGCAAUGUGGCGCGACUGGCCAGGAGGGGGGAGCCAUUCGUGCAAUACAACAACCUGAUUGUUCCCGGAUUAUUCAGCAGUCGUCCACCGGAGAGCCAACGCAGUGCAAAUAAGGUUUCGCAGGCCUAUUAGUCCCUCAACGCUCACUGGUGGAGCGAGUAGCCUCUUUGGAUGCAGAUUGUUUGUUUGUUCCUGUGCCUUGGCCUGGCUGUGGCUUCUGAUGUGCAGCAGACAAACCAGAGGGCUCAGCAUGGCGCCAGGAGGCAGAGCAGGCGUGCGGCCCCACUGGGCAAUACCUGGUUGGUCAACAACUGCGUGUGGUUGGGUAGCCUCCUGCGCCGAAAGAACGCGGUCAUAAAUAAGUUGGCAGAAGCCGCGGCUGCUGUUAAGAGAGACCAAACCCUUUCAGAGACUGAGCGUCAAUUUCAGGUGCAUACGAUACAAGUUUUCCAGAAAGAGUUGAACGAGAGCGAGCACAUGGUAUUCCAGGCGGUGCACAGUCUGCAGAGGGUGCUGCAGGGAGACUACAGAGACGUGGGCAACAUGAAGGAGAGUAGCAAGCAGAGGUUGGAGGCACUCAGGGAAGCCGCCAUCCAGGAGGAGCAGGAGUAUGUCGAACUGGUGGCUGCGGAGAAGCAUCAGCAGGAGGCUGCUAAGAGCGUCCUUGCUCGGAAUAAGACUCUGUCCAUGGUCGACGAGAUCCUGGAGGAUGUCAGGAAGGCAGCGGACCGACUAGAGGAGGAGAUUGAAGAACAUGCCUUUGACAACAACAAGCAGAUGCAAGGAGUGAAUGUCGAAGCGGUGCUGAGAGUGGAGGAAGAUGAAGAGAACGGAGGCAUAAGAAAAAACAAAUCAAGUCAGAGGGAAGCGGAAGAGGACUUGGGCCUGAGCAUGCUCAUUGACUCUCAAAACAACCAGUAUGUGCUGACCAAACCCCGAGAUUCCACCAUGCCGAGGGCAGACCAUCAUUUUAUCAAGGAUUUGGUGUCUGUGGUCAUGUUGUCGCUACCCUGUGGCUGGAUGUGCACUCUGGUGGGUCUUCCUCCCAUGUUUGGAUACAUCAUCUGUGGGGUCCUGCUCGGACCGUCCGGUCUCAACAGCAUCAAGUCUAUGGUCCAAGUGGAGACUUUGGGAGAGCUGGGGGUGUUCUUUACCCUCUUUGUGGUCGGACUGGAGUUCUCACCCGAGCGCCUUCGGAAGGUAUGGAAGACCUCAGUGCAGGGUUCCUGCUACCUGUGUCUGCUCAUGGUUGUUAGCGGGUUGCUAUGGGGACGAGUGCUGCACAUCCAACCCAUACAGACUGUCUUCAUAGCCACCUGCUUGUCCCUAUCCAGCACCCCAUUAGUGUCCCGUUUCUUAGCGGGAGGAAGCAGAGGGGAGAAGGAAGGUGACCUCGACUACAGCAGCGUACUCCUUGGCACGUUAGUGAUGCAAGACGUUCAGCUGGGCCUAUUCAUCGCCGUUAUGCCCACGAUGAUCCAGGCGCAAAGCGGAGACGCCGACAGGUCAGUUGGACCUCACCUCACGUUUCUUCUUGCCACCAAGCGUGGCCUCUGUAAAACCCGGAAGCUCCGUUCUGUGCGCUGCAGCUUCCUGUUCGAAAGCCUGCGUGUACUGAAACUGCUGGCGCAGGUCCUGGCGUCUCUGGCUGCGGUGCUGCUCCUGUGUGUGUUGCUCAAAUCCUUUGUGGUCGGCCCCUUUUACAAGAAACUGCACGCUGAGAGCAAAGGCAACAAGGAGAUCCUGGUGCUGGGGGUUGCAGCCUUCGUUUUUUUCAUGCUAACGGUUACCGAGUUUCUCGACGUUUCGAUGGAGUUAGGCUGCUUCCUAGCCGGAGCGUUGCUCUCCUCCCAGGGUCACAUGGUCACCGCAGAGGUCAAGGGAUGCUUUGAGCCAAUUCAAGAUUUCCUCGCCAUCAUUUUCUUUGCUUCAAUCGGACUUCACGUCUUCCCGACGUUUGUACUGUACGAGCUCACCGUUCUGGUUGCGCUCACACUCACGCUUGUCAUCUUGAAGUUCAUGAUGGCCGUGCUGGUGAUGUACGUGAUCUUGCCACCCAGCUCUCGUCACAUUCGCUGGAUCGUCUCGGCCGGCCUGGCGCAGGUCAGCGAGUUCUCCUUUGUCCUCAGCAGUCGGGCACGUCGUGCCGGCAUCAUUUCCAGAGAGGUGUACCUGCUGGUUCUCAGCGUCAGCACCCUCAGCUUGCUGCUGGCACCAAUCCUGUGGAGAGUGACAACUCAUGCAUGGGUGUCACGAAGAACGACCGCGAUCACAUGACUGGACUCGGUUUCUUCUCGUUGCUGCUGCGAGGUGGGAAAUCCAGCGGCGGCAAUCCAGUUUGCAUUCAUUUGGCAGCAGAGUAAAGUUAGGUUUUGUCAUCUCAUCUCAUCUCAUUUAAUGGGGGCUGUACGAAAAAAAGUUUUUUUUUGGUUUUGUUUUUUUUAAGCUGACCUUUUUUGAAGACGUUUAUUACUCACGGUCCAAACUCCUCUUUCUUCCAUUAAUUUUAUUUUAUCAUUAGUGUAAUUCUGUUAAAUGCAGCUGUAUACACACAUUCGAGUAUCACCAAAAACUAAUUUUGUAAUUUUUGUUUUUCCAAUGAAUGUAAACAACAUUAUGUUCUACUUUUGUAGUUGUUGUACCCAUUUUACUUUUCUCCAUACAGUUGCAAAAAACAUGCAUGUGAACGCUUUGGAAUUACCCUGAUCGCUGCUUAAAGUGGCCAUAAAAUGUGAUCUGAUCUUGAUCGAAGUCCUAAGAACAGACAAGUUGUCUUAAACUCGUAUUACACAAACAUUUCGUUUCCAUUUUUUCAUCAAGCUAAACAACAGGGCAUGGAUGUCAAAUAUGUGACCCAACUGAGUGAGUCUCCUUUGGCAGCAAUAACCUCAGCCAGAAAUUUGUUACAGGUGUGAAUACGACCUACAUGAAUGAGGUUUCAUUUCAAUUCAGCUCUUAUGUGCCUGCGGCGUAUUGUGCUGGGUUUUUUUUUCCCCUUCAUGCUUGAUGUGUCCAAACUUCAAACGUGUCGCACUGUUUUUUUUUUUGUUUUUGUUUUUUUUUUUUUAAUUAGACAGUAGUAGCGUUGUCCGUGGUGUGCUCUAACACUCAUUUUUGUUUAAUGUUUUACAUACCAUAGAUUUGUCAAUUUCAUCCCAGAUUGGCCUCCAACGCAGUAUUAUUUUAAGCAGGCUUUAUUGUAACUUACCAAUAACAUUUUAAACCAAUUUAUGUUGCAUUGCAGGUAAUUCCAAAUAGUUGAUGUAAAAUUUUCUUGCAACUGUUGUUAUUGUAUGUACGAGAAAAAAAUGCCAUUCCUACUUAUCGUGCCUGCUCAACUUGCUGCUCUGCAUACUGCUCAUUAGCUCGUCUAUGGCAUUAUGUCUUCUGUGGAAAUGAAUGUACGGGACGUACUUGUGCAAUUAAAUGUGUUUUCUGUUUCUAUACUGUAUAUAUUACUGUUAACAACCUUCCAAUGGAAAGACAUUUUCUUGGGUUCUGUUUAUUUAUUAAACAGAUGAAAAAACA